AUAAAUGUUUCGUUUCCUGUGAUAUCUUACGAUCCUCGGCCUAACUUGACAUUGAAAUUCCUUCCCUCUCCUGUUCUGGCUAAGAAAGAAAUUUCCUCAAACACCGCGAGAGAUGUUUUCAUUGCUCUUAGUCAGACAUGGAAACUACUUACCUUUUGCCUUUUGGCUGCUGUCCUAUCAGGAAUAAUCGUUUGGUUUUUGGUAUGUUUUGCAAAAAAUUCUUCUACUCUUAUACCUCUUUUUAAAAACCAAGAGUAGUAAUAUGAGAUCACUCAAUAGUUGAAUAAAAGGAAUGCGUUUAGGCCAAACGAGAACCAAUUUAAUUGCCGGACGAGUGCCAUCACUCGGCCUUACUACAUGUUUAUUCAUCUAUUCAUUCGUGCAAAACGCUUAAUUACUAACUUUUUGAGGCAUAAAUUUGCCAGUGCUAUAUUUAGUCAUGUAACACUUUAUGUUGUUAAAUUUACGGGUUCCACGGUUUUUGCUCAGUUAAGGCGAAGAAACUGAAAAUUAAAAAAACAUUAAAACUGUGCACACGUAAUUCUUUACCGUAUAUAAUAGCAAAAUCUAAGAGUGUUACUGUAUAUACAAUACAUCGCAAAAUAUAUACUUUAAAAUUAUUCAGCCAGAUAACGAUUAAUGCGUUUUUUUCAUCAUAGGAUCACAAAACAAACCCCAGACACUUUCCAAAGUCGUUUAAGAACGGAACGCAAGAAGGCUUAUGGUGGGCCAUUGUUACCACGACAACCACAGGGUAGGGACUUAUUAUACUUUACAGUUAAUGUGCACACCUGCGAAUGGAGUUGACAGUAGCGUUUAGCGAAUACGCACGGCAUUAAUUUUGGAAAAAAAAAACUUUCAAUUCUUUCUUUAUAAGAAAGUUUACAGAAGGCUAGUUGGCUUUCGCUCAAUUGCCAUUAUUUGAAAGAUUCCCAAACUAGAUUAUAUUAUCACAGAGCCUUCCUGGUGCUCUCCAGUUAGCUAUUAGCGAGUACAAGAUACGGUCACUGCGGACUACAUGGCUCUUGGGACUAUAGACUACGGUAAUACACGGCGCGGACCUGGUUCGAGAUUUACUGCGCAUGCUCGUUAGCACGUGUGUUUCGCGGUCCGUUCACCGGCGAAAAACGUCGGAUUGGUCGACGCGCGACCACGUGACAUUGCCAAAUUAAAAUGGCGGCAAUACCUCCAUCGUUUGUUUAUUUCAGUGGAAAGAAGAUUAAUUGCGGCUUAAGGUGAUUCCCUGGUUUUGGACUGCGCAUAACAAGAUAACCUCCGUAAAAAAGAGCAUGUGAAGUAACAAUAUUAAAAUGAAGUUGACCGAAGAGAAACGCUAUUGCAAUUUUGCUUGCGGUUGUUUCUUGCCGAGGUAAGACUCAAUGUGGUGGGAAUGUGCAUAACGUAAGCAGUACGCGUGUUUCUGAGUUCGACCUCCUCACGGAGAACCUCGAUAGUGGAUGUUUAAUUUCUGCUUAUUUACUUUGAUUUUCAUUCAAACGCUUUAUUUAUCACAUUGUGUCCUAAAUGUGGUAUCUCGAUGUAAAUUCUGUACAAACGGAUUUUUUAAUACUUUCUUCCCCCUUUCGCAUACAUUCUAUUUUGAAACUCGCCCCAGUCCUCUCUCAAAAAUCAAGGAAAAUGCAUUUGGUGCGCACUUUCUGCAGCUCUACCGCAAAAACGAGUACGGUGACCCCCAUUUUUUAUUUCAUGAUUUUAAUAAGGACAGUGCUUCCUUUUGGUGAGAAAAAAAUUGGCACAAAUCUAAGUUCAGUUUUUUCGCAAUUUUACUAAAAUUGUACGGAUUGAGCUAUCACGAGUCGAAUAGCGCGUGUCCAAUUUAAUUCUACUUUAGAGCGUUAAGUAAAAACAAGGGCAUUAAAAGACAUUUUUCUGACGUAAGUGGAUAAACAAUACAUUAAAGUCAAAUUCUGUGCGAUACCACAUGCAUCAUUGAAAAAAUCUUUCCUUUUUGUCUAGUUUUGGGCUGCGCGCGGCUUUUGUCAAAGGGUCCAAAAUAGCCGUAUUUGUCAGCAUUGUGACGUCAAAACGAACACGGUGACCCCCAGUUUUUAUUACCUUUUUAUCAUCUUCUUGACUUGUUACAUCAGUGUACCAAGUUUCAUCUACAAUCUAUGUUAGGUUCUUUUACCAGGGAAUCACCUUAAUAUGAGUUGUAAAUGCAUAUACGGAUAUUUUUAGAAUAGCCUAGACUUUUUAUUAUCCUUUUUCACCUAUUCCUGUGGGAUUCGUUCCCUGCGAUGCUCGCGUUUUGGCAGGUUUACCGCAUUCAACCUUGAACUCUUCACGAUCAGGAAGGACAACAAUAUUUUCGGGAUGAAAGCCAGGUAACUAGAAAGAACGGCCUUUGUUAACAGGUCACUGCAGCGGAGGAAUAAGACACUAGGGUCCUUUGAAAUUGCUUAGACACCUGGAAGUUAUUUUAUUAUUUUUUUUUUUUACCGAAAAGAUAAAGCAAAAUUAUGUUUACUCCAGCAAGAAAUUUAUAGAAACAAUCUUGAACAUGAGCUAAAUGAACUGUAGUGUCUGCAUUCAUGUUCUUUUCAUCGCAAUUUUAAUAUCAAAACUUUAAAGUCGUCUAUGACCGAGCAGGUUUUUCUUUCUUUUUUCUUUUCAAUGUUUACUGUGCUUGAUCCGAAUAAGGGGAAUACUACAUAUAAAAGAAGAGAACUUUGAUUACAAAUAUGUUAGUUGGAAAAAAUACUGAUUAUACUAUAUGAUCUUUUUACUAUAUAGGUUAGAAAAGUGAUGCGUAGUCAAAAGUGCUACGAAGGAGUAGAAACCCAGAUCUUUCCAUUAAUAAAUUUUAUUGACACUGUCAGGGACAUAUAAUUUGCUUGAGUACACAUUUGUUCGUCAAAAAUCUUGUUUUUGAAGCUGCACUUUGUUUGAUUCAGGAUCAAUCAAUCUUUUCUGAAGAGAAAUGAACAAUGAAGUAUGUUAACAUGUCAGAUACUUCAACACUGCCUUAGCCAACAACUAAGAAGAAACUCAACUUCAUAUCAAAAAAACAAAGUGAAAAAUACUUCACUGUGAAACAACAACCCCUUCAAAUAUAUAUCACAUUAAAUUGAUACAAAAUGUAGACCUGAUGAGAAGUUUAUUGGAAAAGAAACAAACGAUAAUUACAAUGAAACUAUAAUGUUUGAAUGAGAUCUGUAUUUGAGUGUUCUCUCAUAAUUCUGACAGAAGAUCAAAAUUGGAAACUGCAUAUCCUACUCAACUGCAUUCAUCAACAUGCAACUAAAAUUUCGUUAUGACUCAAAAUUUGCUCCAAACUUUAAACUCCUGUAAGUUUAAUUUGUGAGGAUUAUUUUUUUUUCUCGGAAAGACCUUUUGAAUACUUAAUAGCAUGUUAACUCUAUAAUUCAUUCAUAACUUUGCGCCAAACAAAAUUAAGCCGAAAAGGAUGGACAGAAAAACAAAAGAAUUCACAGGAAUAUUACCCUGUUCAUCUCCUUCCAGGAUCCAAUUUUCAAGCAAAGAAGCACCCCCGACAGAAAGCCUUGUGUGCAAAAAUUUAGUACUAAAAAAUUGUACACGGAGGAAAUCAUGUACGUAAGUGCGGUUCCUAACGAAGUAACUCGUUGUGUGGAUAAUCCCAAGCCAAAUUUUAUGAGCAAAAUAAUCUAAACUUCGAUCCGUCAAGUAUAAAAUUGCAAGCCUAAAUGUACAGCAGCUGCGCACAUUGUAAACAGAAUUUUUUUCACCAAUCAGAAUGUUGCUGGACCUAUCGAACUGUAGCUCCAAGACGAUCUAAGUGUUUUAAUGAAAAUACUCUCACAUUUUCUCAUUUGACAGUUCGCAUAAAACUCAAAUUUCUAUACGGUAACGUACAAAGCUGUAAUAACGUCCAACAACAAUGAAAUUUGCAUCGAUCGACAAAAUCACGUUUCGAACUACGCACCUAGAAAACUGUCGGAACCCGGCCGCUUUCGAUCCACUAGCCACAAGUCAAUUUACACAUUAAGACAAUCGCUAAGAUUUCUUUACCUUCUUUAUAAUUUCCCUUUGUACGGAGUGACAAGAGAUUAAGUUGAACCAAGCGUAAGCGUAUUUUCCGGCCAUAAACAGUGCAGACAUGCGGAGAUAGAAAAAUAGAUUUUCCAGCAACAAAGUACACGCUAAGUCAUAUUAACAAAACAAAGCCCAAAAUGUCUGUCCCUCUACUUUUUUUUGUUGAAUCCCUGAUAAGAAACUUGAUCUAAACAACAAAAACAUUUUGGAUAGCAUUGUAAUACGCUCUUCGAUCAACAGUCGAAUGUUAUCGAAUGUUAGAUUCACGAUCAAAGUCGAAUUUUGACACAAAAAACGGGAUACACAUUUAACAAAACUGUCCCUUCCGCUCAACUCGGUACAAGCUAAUUUAUAUACCAAAACAAAGCCCAAUAAUUUUUCUUCCACUACUUUAUAAUUUCUUUUUGUACCGAGUUGCACGGAACAUGCAGUAAACAAAAAGAGCAAAAAUUACCACCUUUUCGGCAUGUCUUCCAAAUGCAAACCAGCGAUCUCAACGCCAAUAGCACCGAAUCGUACCAUGCCAAUGCGAUUUUUCGCCAGUUUCAGGACGCUAUAUUCUCUAGAGAACACACUUACGUCAAAACUUUGACCAAAAUAAUUUUUGAUCUCUUACAGUGGCAAGAAAUUGCAAUGCUGUCAUUGCCAAACAAAGCUGCCAUCUCUUCUUUCAUCUCAACAACAUCUCGCGGGCAUUUUCGCCUCGGAGUCAAUGACAUUACCCGAAAUCGAUCACGUGUCAUUUUUUCCAGAGCAUGCGUAGACAUUUUUAGCCGGUGAAUCGUGGUCCGUCGUCUGGUCGCUCGCUACAGGGAGUAGUCGAGGAUAUUCGCGUAGUGAGGAUUACGUACGUAUUUUUUUUUUUUUACCGAUUUUUAACCUGUUAAACGUUGCUUUUAUGUUGAACAGCCAUUAGGCAAUUAAACUUGAGCGGAAAAGAGGUAAAAAUUGCAGUUUUUUGCCUGUUUCUGUUUCUGAUUACUGACGCCUUUCGAAUUCUGUUUUAUUACAACAGUGUGUUUACAGCAGAUUAGGAUGUGAACAGGAGAUAAAAGUAGGUAAUUCACUAUCGUUAUUCAGCCACCGAGUGAGAUUCUUGUCAAACCGUGUAAAGCAAACAACAGCAACACGCGGGAACCUCGAAAGUGAUUUUGCAAUUGUGCCUAAAUUAAAAUGAGUGUUUCAAACGGACAGAGAGACCGAACACUGAAGUUUUUUCCAUCCAGCGAGUCUAACAGUACGUCCAAAGCAAGUAAAACCUCAAUUGUGAGAAAGAAACCUCAAGCAGCAAAACUCGCCCUUGAGUUAAAAAUAGCCAAGCAAAAGUGUGAAGAAGAAAUCAGUCAGGCUACUGCGUGCCCAGGCGUUGCGACGUGUCGAGCUGCUAGACCUUAAGGGACCGAUCGUUUAUUACGUCCCAGAGGGGGGCGUGGGUUUUCAGAAAAGUGUUGUGUUUCAAAACUUUACCUCCCCCCCACCCCCCAAAAAAUUAUUACAUAUGAAAAUUGUACCCCCCUUGGCAAUAAAAAUUUUUAAAAUGCACCCCCUCCCCCAAUCAACCCCUUCUAGCCAAAGUCUCUUCUUCCAUCCUUGGGCAUUGAUUUCAUAAGAUGCAAGAUACCGGUAGUCAGCAGCGUAUCGUGAGAUUUUGAAGGUGCACGCAGGGGAAGAAAAGUUAGCGCACCGAAGGCGCCACAAACCUGAGCGAGUCUGGGGGCGUGCUACCCCCGCAAAUAUUUUUAAAUUUAGGGUCUCCCAGGAGAUGCCAUCUCCUGCGUUUUCUGCAGGACAUUCUCAGUAAAUAAAGACGAAGGAAAAUGCAGUAAUAAGUUGUUUAUUUUACUCAUCUAUAGUGUUAUCAGUAAGGUACAGUGUUAACGGCAAAAAGGGUAAAACAGUGACGCCAUAAAGGAGGUUACAAGCAAAGGGCGAGAUGCGUACCCUUCAGACAGGCAAACUCUGUUAUAAUGCCAUCAAUAUAAAUUACGUCCUUGUGCUCAUAUGCAGAAUUGCAAGAGAGAUCCAUUAUGCAAUCUCUCGUCUGUCUUGGUCCUCUUAAUGGAGUUUGCAGUCUCUUCAAACCGCUGAAGCUACGCUCAGCUGUGUACAUUGACAUAGGAUAAGUCAACAAAGUUAUGAGAGCCCAUGACAUAUACUCAGCGAUUGAAUCGGAGUUGGCUUCGUCAAAAGUCUUAACCAAGGUUUGUGGCCUCGCAUUCGGAUCCAUUUCACUCCACUUAGUCAGAAAAAGGAUAAAGGGAAUCCUAACACAAAAACACCAAUAUAAUGCAAAAUAUUUAUCCCGAAAUUAAUGAUAAAAACGUUUUCAGGAAAUUAAAAAGAUCUAUAUAAUCUAUAUUUUUUCCAAAUUUCGGCUGUAUGCAUAGGCGUAUGUGCGUACAUGCAUGCUACAUUCCUGGUAGGAGAAAUAGCUGAUAGGUUCCUUGGCCGAGCUUUAUACGGGUAACAUUUUGUUGCCGACAAAGCCACCAAAGUGUAUUUUUUGUCUUCUUUCCAAGGAAACCUCGAUUUGCUUCAAUCAUAAUAUAGUUUGACACAUUUUACAUAGAAGGCCAGUCCCGUGUCUUUGUGUCUUAAUAUUUCGACCCCCUCACAUUCUGUGCAUUUUCAAAAUUGACCCCCCAAAAUCAAGCCUCUUAUAAAAUUGUACCCCCCCCUCCAAAACGCCGUCCCUUCCGGGACGUAAACGAUCGUUCACUAAAAGGAGAGCUGAAUAAACAACAUUAGAAGUGGCUCACGAAGAUGAUCUUGCUAUUGAGGAUUCUAAUCAUGGACAUAUUGACGAUAAAGUUUUGUCUGGACUACCUAUUGCCGAUGUAGAGGAUCGUCUUUCACGUUUACAUCUGAAGUCAGCUUCCAACACUCAGACUGUUGCUGAUGAUAAGCGUCCCGUUGAUAAAGAAUCUUUAACCGUUCAAGGCGUUGAAGAAGGCAAUGACAAUGGAGAAAUUACGCCAAAUGUAAAACCGGAGACAAGAAAACCUCGAGGCGAAAAUACAAUUUGAAAUCCGCCUGCCACAGUGAGCCCAGGUGAGCAACAAGUCAAGCUAGAUCAAUUUUUUGAGAAAAUGCUUUCAGCGUUCACUAAAAUUGUCAAACCAAGUGUGCCAAAAUUUAGCGGAAAUCCAAUCGAGUACUCGAAAUUUAAAGUAGCAUUUAAAGUGGAAGUUGACAAAAAGGAGGUUUAUGAUGCUACAGACAAGCUUAAAUCUCUGUUAGAUGCAGAGAAAGAAAGUGCAAAGUCCUGGUUGGUAAAAUUCAUGCCAAGUUCUGAUAAAUAUAAGAAGACAUGGCAUUGGUCGCGUGGACACUGUUGUGUCCGCGGCUAAAAGGCGUGAAGAUCAAUUCCCAAUCACAGUGAAAGAAAAUAGUUAGCAGAUGAGGCAGUAUCAAGAAAUGGUGUCGGAGUUAAUGGGGGUGUAUAGGGAACACAACUUUGUUCAUGAGUUAAACUCGCAGAUACCUGAAGCAAACGUUGCUAAGCUUCCUGUUAGUCUUUGCGGUAGAUGGGCUGAGUCUGUGGAAGGAAAACCGAAACGGUCUACCUGGUAGUCGUUUGCGGAUUGGCUAGAAAAGGAGGCGAAAAUAUGCGAGUCAUAGCAGAGGUGGAUACUGGAGAAGCCAGAAUGGAGAAGGUUUGAUUCGACUAGGAGUGAUUUAACUAAAAGUGGUUCACGUAGGUCUGCUGGCAAUCCCGCGGUGCCAGGACUGUUGGUGGGAGCAACACAAGAGACUCCCUCAGGUGAUGAAAUUAAAAGUUAACAAAAAACUGUCCAGUUCAUAGCUCGGCAUAUCAUGAGGUAGAGGAGGGUAAGAAGUUUAAGGAACUGCCCACUCUUGAGAAAGAGAAACUCGUGGAGGAACAUAAACUUUGCCGGUCUUGUCUGUUACCGGGCCAUCGGCUGAACAAAUGCAAUGCUAAGAAUGGAUGCAAAGUUGAGGGAUGUGUAUGCGUCACCAUACUCUAGUUCAUGAGGUUGACUUGAACAUUAUUGAACGAUCAAGAGCGAGAACAGCAGAAAAACUGGCAGUUGGUGAAGGAGCCCAGAAACCUUUUGCUCCGCAGGGUGAUAACAAACCUCUAAAUCCGUCAGAGAAAUCGUUGGAGCAGUGUCAUCACUCGGUGAGUUUAGGCUGCGAGGUUGGCAGUCGUGCGUUGGUUGAGGUGCUGCUUGUAGUUCUGUUCUCAUAGAAAGGGGAAGCAACAAGUUAUGGCGUUGCGUGACUCAGGAUGUAACACAACACUUAUGGAAUGAAGAAUUGGCUAAGUCACUUGGUCUUAGGGUGUUAAUGCAGAGAAGGUGUUGACCUUGCGGCACGUAAAGAACUUCCGUAUUGCUAGAGUUGGAAGAGAAGGGGUGAAGUACUUUCAACUCUAGCAAAAUACGGAAGUUCUUUACGUGCCGCAAGGUCAACACCUUCUCUGCAUUAACACCCUAAGACCAAGUGACUUAGCCAAUUCUUCAUUCCAUAAGUGUUUUGUUACAUCCUGAGUCACGCAAUCAGCGUUUACCAGACGGGAAUCAAAUUUUGGCGGGAAUGUUCAGAUGGCGCUUCCCAAAAAUAUAUAUAUUUUUUUUUUGUGAUGACAUGGAGCUGCCGUACCUUUAUUUAACAGCUACAAAUAAUAAAGAAUUUACUGGUAAAAGCUCGUUGAUUUCACGAAAUGAAAAGUGUUGUGAAAGCGAAGAUCGCUCAGAAUAAUUCGCAGGGUUCUGAAGGAGGAAUUAACGUCAAACCAGGUCAAGAUUCCAAUCAUGGAUUGAUUAUUUGAAAAGUGAACCCGUUUGUCGCCUCUGUAACUGGUAGCCGGUAUCAAACUGCAUUCAAAUGAUCUGUGAAUUUUUGACUGCAAUAUGAAAAUAUUUCAAUGGAUGAAAUUUCUAUUUAGACAUUCUUCAAAUUCAAAAAAACUGAGCCGGCAGAAAUUUGAUAACGAACUCGCGUGUCUAUAUACGCAAGCAAAAAUGCAGACUGAAAAUCAACAACAACUAACGGAUGGAGGUAUUUUGGCCAAUCGGAACAGCGCAAAUCAUCCGUAUUGUUUCCUAUCCAAUCAGAAAAAAGUCCAGAUUCUGGCUUUUUUGCAUGUGAUCUGUAAAAGAACUGUAUCAUGCCCUCCUCCCGAAAGCAGUUUACAGAGACAAAGGGAGAGAGCAUGAUCGCAGGCUAACAGCAAAGUGACUUGGUACUUACAGCUCCGUUUCGUUAUCACUUCCAAGACACCUGAUCGUCUCAGGAGAGUAUAUGAUGCAUCAGCGAAGUUCAGGUGUCAAAGGCUAAAUGAUAAAAUGUACAGAGAACCAGACUACUUGUCGUCGUUGUUUGGUGUUUUGCUUAGAUUUUGCGAACUGAAAGAAGGAUAGCGUUAGCAGCAGACGUGAGAGAAAUGUACCACAUGUUGCGUUUACCUGAGAAGAACCAAGUGGUUAUCAGUUUGAGAGAACAGUUUAGGAGAAGUGUCGGCGCCAUCUCGGGCUAACUACACGAUGAGGCGUAAUGCAGAUGAGAACAGGGUAGAUCUGCCCCUCGGCGUCAAGGCUGUUUAUCUACUGACUUGCGAGAAGCUAUUGAAAUGCGGAAGCAGAUGACAGAGUUAUUGCGCCGUGGAGGAUUCAAAUUACACAAGUGGCUAACAAAUGACCCUAAUGUAUUGGACUAGAUCCCGGUAGAGGAUAGAUCUCCGCGUUUCCUUGAGUUGUGUUAAAAUAAAUUACCUGUCAAUCAAAAUCUUUCAUCAGUAUAUUUUUCACUUGCCAAGUUUCAGCUUGUUAACCUCAACCUUUCUCUUGCCAUGAUUUGGCAAAUGAUAUAUACUCGAUAACUGACAAAACGGUGUUCAGCCACCUUACCUUACAGCCGAAUUCGUUGUAACGCCCUGCGCGUUUGCAAACUUCAAAUCGGUUGUCUGUUCCGUCAAUCAUUUGAGCGUGGGUGGGGUUAAUGCAAAUCACAAUGCAACGCGCUCGCCCAGCUUGGCCCGUCAAAGCAAAAUUGAGAAUGUCGACUGAAGACUGCUCAAGAAUAGCGAAGGAAUUCGCGAUGAUGAGUGGAAUUUUUUGUCGAGGGCAAGAGGUAGACAUUGCCUUUUUCUUGCAAAAGACAAGAAUAAGAAAGAUCUGAAAAAUCUUCCAAGAAAACUGAUCGAUUAUUGUCCGAAACAGGGUGAUCCAAAGCAACGAACCUUGAAACACAGAAACAAACAAACCGGAUGAAAAUGCACCCAUCACGAGUAAACAAGUGUUUCCUAAGAGGUCCGUCAAGAAUAUUAAAGUUUUUUUUCACACCCCGGAAAGCUUCAUUGUACUUUUUUUUUAUUAGAAAAGAUAGCACUGUUAUCUAUACUGUUGAAGGAUGGAGGUUAAGCCCUCUCUCGAUCACAAAAUGAUCAAACUUCUAACAUUUGAUAACUCGUUUCUGCCAUUACGACAUUCUCGCUAAAACUCGUAGCAGAAUGAAGUCGGCUAUCACGUUUUCACGCCAAAAUGACGCUGGUUCACGCGCACGCAAUACUUAGUAUUGAGGAAAUCUCGUCCUCGUAGUCGUACUCGUCUUAGAAUCUAAAGGUCUCUAAUAUUUAUUUUGUUGGUAGCUAUGGUGACAAGACUCCAAAAUCCACACUUGCUCGAGCAUAUGCUUCGCUGUGGAUGAUCGUCGGAUUGAUGUUAAUGUCAAUCAUUACUGCCCAGGUUUCCUCGACCAUCACCUCUGAAAACCUGCGCUCCCUGGAUGACGAGUUUGGCAAAAAGGUACAAUAG